AUGGCGACUUUUGCUGCCUUUAAGGUCCCCAACAUCACCAACGAGCCCAACCAACACUACGCAAAAGGUUCUGCCCAGCGCGAAGGAUUGACCGCCGCGCUCGAUACCCUGCAGAGCAAGCUGCCUUUGGAGGUGCCAAUUGUCGUCGGUGGCAAGGAGAUCAAGACUGGCAAGACCGGAAAGCAGGUCAACCCGGCCGACCACAACACCACUGUAGCGACGUACCACCAGGCCUCGCCGGCCGAUGUCAAGAAGGCAAUCGCCUCGGCCCUCACGGCCAAACCAUCGUGGGAGUCCCUCCCCUUUGCCGACCGCGCCGCUGUCUUCCUCAAGGCCGCCGACCUCAUCUCCACCAAGUACCGCUACGACAUCAUGGCCGCCACCAUGAUCGGCCAGGGCAAGAACGCGUGGCAGGCCGAGAUCGACGCCGCGGCCGAGCUGGCCGACUUCCUGCGCUUCAACGUCAAGUACGCAGAGGAGCUGUACGCCCAGCAGCCGGCGCACCACAGCCCUGGUGUAUGGAACCGCGUCGAGUACCGGGCCCUCGAGGGUUUCGUGUACGCCGUCAGCCCCUUCAAUUUCACCGCCAUCGCCGGUAACCUUCCCGGCGCCCCGGCCUUGCUCGGCAACGUUGUCGUCUGGAAGCCCAGCGACUACGCCAUCGCGUCCAACUGGCUCGUCUACAACAUCCUGCUCGAGGCCGGUCUGCCCCGCGAUGUCAUUCAGUUCGUGCCCGGCAACCCCGAGGAGGUCACCAAGGCGGUGUUGGAGCACAACAAGUUCGCUGCCCUCCACUACACCGGCAGCACCGCCAUCUUCCGUAAGCUGUACGGCGCCAUCGGCAACGGCGUGGCCAACGGCCUCUACCAGUCGUACCCCAGAAUCGUCGGCGAGACGGGCGGCAAGAACUUUCACCUGAUCCACUCCUCCGCCGACGUUGACAAUGCAGUCAAGCAGACCAUCCGUGGCGCGUUCGAGUUCCAGGGCCAGAAGUGCAGCGCAACGUCGCGGGCGUACGUGCCCAAGUCGAUCUGGCCCAAGUUCAAGGAGGGCCUGGCCGCCGAGGCCGCCAAGAUCAAGAUUGGCAACCCCGCCGACCACAGCAACUUCAUGGGCCCCGUCAUCCAUGAGGGCUCGUUCAAGAAGCUUUCCGGCGUCAUCGACGCGGCCAAGGACGACGCAGAGCUGGAGCUCAUUGCAGGCGGCACGUACGACUCAUCCAAGGGCUACUUUGUGCACCCGACCAUCUACCAGACGACAAACAAGAACCACAAGCUGCUCAGCACGGAGCUCUUCGGUCCCGUGCUAACCAUCUACGUGUACGACGACACGGCGCACCCGGUGCAGGCCUUCUCGGAGGUGUGCGACCUCGUGGACUCCACGGGCGAGUACGGCCUCACGGGCUCCAUCUUCGCGGCGGACCGCGCGGCGGUUCGAUUCGCCGAGGACAAGCUGCGCAACUCGGCGGGCAACUUUUACAUCAACUGCAAGAGCACGGGCGCCGUCGUGGGACAGCAGCCGUUCGGCGGCGGCAGGGCGAGCGGGACGAACGACAAGGCGGGCAGCCAGAACCUGCUCAGCCGGUUCGUGAGCGUCCGGAGCAUCAAGGAGGAGUUCGCGGCAACGACCAAGGUCGUGUACCCCUCCAACGAGGUCUAA